GCCAUUCUUUUUUAUUUCAACAAUAUAUUUGUCCUUUCACAGGCACUAUAUGGGGUGAUUGAUGUUCGGAUUUUUUUUGGCCUCUUAAUUACAAUAAAUAUUGUGUGAUCGAGUUGUCUUAUUGACCUCUUCUUGUCUCGUAAUUGAAGUAAUUUCUCUAUUUUUGUGUUAAUAUGGUGCAAUUCAAUACCAUGCAAGUUUAGUGCUGUAAAAGGGGGAAAAAAAGCAAAUAUGAUAAGAGAUAUGUACAUGUUAAUAGUUAAUGACAAAUGAUUAAUGAUGCAUAUACGUGGACAACCAAAUGUAAAGUAAAUAAGGAGGAUGGAAAAGUUAAUAGAGAAAGAAAAUGUUCAACUUGUUAAUAACGAAUUAACUAGAACAAGAAAAAAUUUCAUCCUAAACCAUGAUAAUCAUCCUCAAAUGGGAAAAUGAAGAUUUAGCCAAGAAGUGAAAAAACAAAAGGAAAAAGAUAAAGCAACGGCUCAAAGUGUUUUGCUAUUUGAUUAAAACAAAGAGAUGAAGGAAAGAAGGGUGGAAAUUCCAAAGUGAAGGUGGAAAACCAACCCAAAACACUUUGAUUCCGACAAAGCAAACUCAUAGGUCCAUCUCCCUGCAAUUUUUUCUUUGACUCCCUCCAUAAAACGCCCUUCCCUUUUCCCCCUUUCCCUUUCUCUAAACCAAACCCAUCUCGCGCUCCUUCCUUCAUUACAAUCCCAUCUCUCUUUACCAAUUUUAGGGUUCCCCCACAUUCCCAAAAUCCCCCCAAUCCCCUCUUUCUCCACUCUCCCUUCAUCUCUAACCUCUCCAAUGGCUGCCUGUGACCUCCCAAUCAUUUCAACUGCUGGGUCUUCCACAGCUUCUGCAGUUAUCGACGACAGUUAUGAAGAAGCCUGCAGCAUCUGCCUCGAGCCUUUCACUGUCCAAGACCCUGCCACUGUGACCAACUGCAAGCAUGAGUACCAUCUGCAGUGCAUUCUCGAUUGGUGUCAGAGAAGCAAAGAAUGCCCAAUUUGUUGGCAGCUCCUUUCCCUGAAGGAUGAAUCCAGUCAAGAGCUUUUUGCUGCUGUUGCGGCCGAGAGGCAUUCGAGGUUAACGAUCCGAUCCCGUCCUAGAUCCACCACCAGACCUUCUCUCUUUGACAAUUUUGAUGUAGACCAGGACUCUUACUCAGAUGAUUCGGACUUCGAUGAACGCAUAGGGCAGCAUCUUGCUGCUGCUGUGUAUAGAGCUCGGCAGUUCCAGAGAAGGGACAAUAGGUCCCCACCUCGACUCGGUACCUCCAGGGUGUUCGUCUUUGCCUCCCAUGCAGGUGGUUUGAGGAAUGAUCAACAAAGUUCACCUGGUGGCCGCAGCUUGAGCCCUGCCUCGUCUGGAACUGGUUCACCAACUUCUCCCAUGCGCACACUUCACAGCCUCAGGAACUCCGACGACAUGAUCUCCAAUGACAGCCACGGUCACUUGUUCAGCAACAGGAUUCUCUUCGGACAAUCACAAACUGAUAGCAACGACGAGCCAGGUUCUUCGAGGAUGGUCUCAUUGUCGGACUCCAUUAAAUCGAAAUGGGUUGCUGCUUCAGCCAAAUACAAGGAAUCGAUCUCUAAGGGCACUCAAGGUAUAAAGGAAAAGUUGCUUGCACGUAACAACUCGGUUAAAGAGCUGAGCAAAGGAGUCCAGCGGGAAAUGAGCGCUGGAAUUGCAGGCGUUGCAAGAAUGAUGGAAAAAUUAGAGCUUUCCUCCUCGAAACGCAGCAGCCCUGUCGGUUCUGGGGAAACCGGCUCAAGUUUCUGCUUCAAGGGAAAGAAUGUGGAGGAGGACAAGGACAACUCUCUUGCUAGAGCUCUCCAGGAAGACGAGGCAAUGGAGGAUAUUAGCCUCGGUGGCCACCGCCCUUCCACACCUGUCCCCUGCCGUCCUGAAGUUUCUCAUCUCCAGAUGGGCCAUUGAUCGUUGCAGUUAACUGCAAUCCGCCAACUUUCAAGUGUCUUUCAGCAACUGUGUGCUUUCUUUCUGAACAAGUGAGAUGCCAUAAGAGCAAAUAACGCAAGCGACGGCUUUUCGAAGAUUGAAGAAAACCAAUUCCCUUGA